GCAAUUGUUAGAUCUUGCACAAACCCUGUUCUUAUGACCAAGAAGAAGUUAAAGUUAAACUGUUAUUCAAAUGUACAUACUGCCAUUGAAACCAUAAGGAAGCUAUUAAAGGAGGACCAACUUGAAGAAUUCAGAAAAAGCAUAUUUGGUGGAUGGCUGGGAAUAGGUAACCUAGAGUGGAUGAAUGGACAACUGCUUGUUCUGCUGGUAGAAAACCAUGCCAAAAAGGUUAACAAGAAGACUUGGAAAGACCGAAUUUACUUUAAUAUAGGAAAUAGGUUGGUGGCUUUUAGAAAGGAACAACUGGCAUUAAUAACGGGGUUCAAGAUGGGAGGAGAGAAACCAAUAAUACCGACAAAUGUAAUGGGUGACAUUUGGAGAAGGUUUUUCAAUGGAAGAAGUAAUGUUACAAGGGCUGACAUAAGCAGAGCUUUUGAGGAGUUCGAUAAUAUACCCGUAGAGAAGCAGCCCUUAGAUAGGGUAAAACUGGCUAUUCUUGACUUGAUUUCCAAUUACAUAAUUGGAAACCAAAAGACAGUGAAAUGCCCAGCAAUCUACAUCAACAUGGUAGAUAAUCUUGAUUUAGUGAACCAGUACCCUUGGGGAGAUGAAAUCUGGGAAGAUUUAUUGGAAAAAGUGCCUAAGUGGACAGAAAAUAUUAAAAGGGCCACAAAAGACAGAUUCACAUUUCCAGGUUUUGUCUUUGCAUUGCAAAUAUGGGCAUUUGAAAGUUUCCCAGCUCUUAGAACGACACAUGUUUGCCAGUUAGAGGAAGAAAGGAAAGAUUUGUUUCCUAGAUUGCUGAAGUGGUCUGCACCAAAGAAAACUAAUGUUGCAACAUUAGCAGAUGUCAUAUUUCUGAAUGAAGAGUUUGAAUAUCAGAAAAUGGCACCAACUGAAGACGAGCUUAAGAAUCCAUUGAUAAAUGCUUUGUAUGCAAACAAGGUCAAUAAGCCUCUCAGAACAAGUCGUCUUACUUUGAAACAUGGGCCAGCAAAACAGAAAAGAAAUGUUUCUGUGGAAGGGAGUAAAGAAGAAAAUGGGAAUGUUCACGAAAAGGAGUCUGAAGCAGCACAGAUUGAUUGCCCUAAUGAAGAAGAUACUGACUUGAAGGAACAAAUUGCCAAGGGUCCAACUGCAAUUGGAUUAAAGAGGUUAAAUAGUUUGAUUAAAAGAAAAAAAACUGCUGGCAACCAAAGCAGAGAUGCAACAAUCAUGCGUAACAUAAUGGCUGCAGUGGUGCUCCAAUCAAAGAAGAUGCAAAAGUUUGAGAGAAGAAUGAAAACAAUAGAAGAUGGAAUACAAGAAGUUCUGAAAGGGCAAAAGCAGCAGGCAGAGAUGCUGAAAGCUUCAAUGCUUCAAAGCACCGGAAAUGCAGAAGGUGAAAGGAGCGAAGAAGAAAUCCAUGUGCAGAUUCAUGAAGCAUCAGGAGGAAUAGAUAAAUCAAUUUUGGUCUCAGAUAUACCAAGUUUUGACGUACAUCUGGAUCUAACACAGAAAGAGAAGGAAAGAACAAUGGAAAAUAAUGAAGCUGGUCUAGGCGGUGAGGAUGAUGCAGAAGGUCUAGGAAGUGAGGAG